AUGCGUGGCGGCGGGGCGGGCGCGGCGUCUGGCCGGCUUUCCACCGCCGCGGAACAAAGCGGGCCUCGGGAGGCGGCGGCGGCACCCAGGGGCGGCCCGGGGGGCUCCGGCGGCGGCAGAGGCGCGGCGAGCGGGCCCGGGCCGGGCGGCGGCGGCCCUGCGGGCAGGAUGAGCCUGAGCCCCAAGGAGCUGUCGAGCCUGCUGAGCAUCAUCUCGGAGGAGGCGGGCGGCGGCAGCACGUUCGAGGGCCUGUCCACCGCCUUCCACCACUACUUCAGCAAGGCCGACCACUUCCGCCUGGGCUCCGUGCUGGUGCUGCUGCUGCAGCAGCCCGACCUGCUGCCCAGCGCGGCGCAGCGGCUCACGGCGCUCUACCUGCUCUGGGAGAUGUACCGCACCGAGCCGCUCGCCGCCAACCCUUUCGCCGCCAGCUUCGCGCACCUGCUCAACCCCGCGCCGCCCGCCCGCGGCGGCCAGGAGCCCGACCGGCCUCCGCUCUCAGGAUUUUUACCUCCUAUAACUCCGCCAGAAAAGUUUUUUCUUUCCCAGCUAAUGCUGGCACCCCCAAGGGAACUCUUCAAAAAGACACCUCGGCAGAUCGCACUGAUGGAUGUCGGGAACAUGGGCCAGUCUGUGGACAUUAGCGGGCUUCAGCUAGCCUUGGCUGAACGCCAGUCUGAAUUGCCAACCCAGAGUAAGGCUGGCUUCCCCAGUGUUCUCAGUGACCCAGACCCCGACUCUUCUAAUUCUGGAUUUGACAGCUCCGUUGCCUCUCAGAUCACGGAAGCUUUAGUCAGUGGACCGAAGCCGCCUAUUGAAAGCCAUUUUCGGCCAGAGUUUAUUCGUCCACCACCUCCACUCCACAUCUGUGAGGAUGAGCUGGCCUGGCUGAACCCAACAGAGCCCGACCAUUCCAUUCAGUGGGAUAAAUCCAUGUGCGUUAAGAAUAGCACAGGUGUAGAGAUCAAGCGAAUAAUGGCCAAAGCCUUCAAAAGCCCCUUAUCUUCUCCUCAACAAACACAGCUCCUUGGUGAGUUGGAAAAAGACCCCAAACUUGUUUAUCAUAUUGGCCUCACGCCAGCCAAGCUUCCUGACCUGGUGGAGAACAACCCUCUUGUCGCCAUAGAGAUGCUGCUGAAGCUGAUGCAGUCCAGCCAGAUCACCGAGUACUUUUCAGUCCUGGUCAAUAUGGAUAUGUCUUUACAUUCCAUGGAAGUGGUGAACCGACUGACUACAGCUGUUGACCUACCUCCUGAGUUCAUCCACCUUUACAUAUCAAAUUGCAUCUCUACUUGUGAACAGAUUAAGGAUAAGUAUAUGCAGAAUCGUUUGGUGCGUCUGGUGUGUGUCUUUCUUCAAUCCUUGAUCCGUAACAAAAUCAUCAACGUGCAGGACUUGUUUAUAGAAGUGCAGGCGUUCUGCAUUGAGUUCAGUAGGAUCCGAGAAGCUGCCGGCCUUUUCCGGUUGUUGAAGACAUUGGACACUGGGGACACGCCUUCCGAGACCAAAAUGUCAAAGUAGUACCUCAUCAGCACCACCUGUUGUUCAGCUGUGCUGUGAUCUCAGUUUUAACUGUUAUAACCCUGAGUAGAUUUUUUGUUGUAAUACAUAUAAACAACACUUUAGCUACUUAAAGCAAAGCUUAACUUUCCUGGGUGACUUUUUCCUUCAGAAGAAUUUUUGGUAAGAACUUGAAAUAUGUCUUUAGGUGUCUUACAGAAGGAAUGGUUAUCCAAAGAAAGAUUAUUGCAAAAAAGUAGGUGAGGUCCUUAGCACUAAAAAGCAAGGUGUUUUUGUUAAAAUAAAUUGCAGGCUUCUGAUUAAGAAUCCAGCUUUCCUAAAGUUCCGAUGUUAAACGUAUUUAAUGAGAGAAAAUGACGACUAAGACUUUGCUGUACUGACCUUGAGGUGAAAUCAGUUGAAUGUUUUUGGGUCAAGUGGCAAACAGAAGGUUGAUCCUUGAACCCAUUACGAAGGUAACUCUUUUCAUUAAGCAGAGUUUGAACCAAGGACAUACUUGUAGCUUUAUCCUUUCUUGUUUUGAGGACUUAACAGAUAUAACAAGAAUAAAUUCAUUUCCUGGGCCUCUUAUAAACAAGGGAAGUCUUAGAAACCUUGAUCAGGGUUAUAACAGCUGGUAUAGUUUUUUUUUUUUUUUCUCGAGAUGUUCUUUAGUUCAGUUACGAGUCUAGGAUAGUAAUUUUUGAGGAGAAACAUCGUCUGUACUUUGGGGAGGAAUCUCCAUGUAAAAUAAACUGCUUGCGCUGCUGGGGGUGCAGGUGCCGACCCAGAAGCAGGAGGGCAUUGUGUGGGCUCAGGACAACAGUGCCUUAUAUUAAAGUUGUUUUUUAUAAACUCUA